AUGCUUUCCGCCCACACGGAUUUCGGAUCGCUAUCGUUCUUGCAUAACCGUCUCGGCGGGCUGCAAGUCCUUGCGCCGGGGACUGACAAAUGGCAGUACGUGAAGCCGCUGCCCGGACAUGCGAUCUGCAACAUAGGCGAUUCGCUCAACAUCUUCAGUGGAGGUAUCUUGAGGUCGAACAUGCAUCGCGUCGUUCCGCCGCCGAAGGAGCAGGCAAAGCACGAACGGUACUCCCUCGUCUUCUUCACUCGCGCGUCUGACUCCGUCGAGCUGCACGCCCUGGCGGACGAGAGUGCAGCUAUUGCUUCGGCCGUUGCGAAGACACCCAACGGAGAAGCGCGAUUCAAUCCGGGCGUGACCGCGAAACAAUGGCUCGCGAGGAGAGUGCGAAACCAGAGACUCAAACACUUCACGGGUUUACAGUCGUGGCAGGGCACGGAGGACCAAGUGUCGAUUGCCAGGGCGACGGCGCUCGCUGGUGAGGCAUCUCCGAGUCGUUGGAUGUAUGAUAGUCAGAGCCGAGGUGGAUUGCAAACCGCACAUCUUGCUAUUUCCCGGGAAAAGCCAGUAGGAGACUUGUUCGAAAGUCGAUUCAGUCUGCGACGACUAGGAAUCGACGAUUGGGUUUCCUUCUCCGAGUCGUCAGUUGUGUAUCAUAGUGCGCUCCAAAGUUCAACCAAUUUCUGUCCGCAUGUGUUUGAGCCUCGGGCCGCAGAUCAAGUCCUCUUCGGGUCGUUUGGAACUGCAUCGCAAGCACUGAGUAGCCAGGACUUGGGUGGCACGUACUAUACUUUCCUAGUGAUCAGUCUUUUCAUUGGGGGCCAAAAGCAAUGA